GCAUGAUCAUGUGAACUAAAAGUGCGCGAAAUUAAAUGACAGGUAGUCCUAAAUCGACUGACUAUGGUCAUGACGCUGUGCAGAUGAUUUCAGCACCACGAGCGCAGGAAGAGCUCCACACUAUUUUACAUGCUAGUGCUUAAGUGCGUGCACGCAUGUGACGACUAAUAGAAAGUAAGUAGGGGUUCAAGGCGCAUAUAGGUACUGUAUGCGGACUCAGUUUUUCGCCUAAAUAUAUUAUCCAAAAUUGUUCCGUUUAUUGUUCGCGUAUCUGUUGGUAUACCCUUUAUGUUCUACUGUAGACGUUUUAAUUUCCUCUACGCCUUUCAGAAGCAGAGGAGCCUGUAGGAGGCGAUGUAGACUCCAGUGAGGAAUGUGGAACACAGAUGUGCAUCCAGUGUGUGUGAGAGAGAACCAUAGACUGUAAAAAGAACAGAGUACAGCUUUUGCAUUGUGUGCUAGGCUACGUCAUUGUGAUCCCCGAGAAUUCUCUCUGCUCCCCACAUCGUCACUCACAGACCGGUCCUCGACUCUGAAACGGCUUCGACUAGAUAGUAUCACCAGGUCAAUCUAAUGGGACAAUCGAGGCGUUUGAUUCCAUUUGCCUCGUCGCACUGAGGUUGGAGAGAAGGACAUUAGCCUACCACCACGAAGUGAAAAUCAAACCCCAACGAAAUGACAACCAAGGAGUCAGAGAAUGUGGGUCUCUCCAUACCACUGUGCAUCUACAACGGGGCUUCCCAAACCAACGGCACCUGCAUGGACCAAAUGGACCGCUUCUUCCAGCCAUUCUCCUCUACCUUUGCGCUCAUGGUGCUGGUGGCCAUGAUCAUUGGGAUAAUAUUGGUUUCCCUGGCAGCAUUUCACUUUAACAAGAGGAGGAUGAAGAAGAGGAAGAUCCAGCGUGCCCAGGAGGAAUACGAGCGUGACAACCGCAGCCCGUCCACCAAGACGAAGAGAGAACCCACGAGACCAUCCAUUAUUGUCCGACCGUCGCCUCCAGAUAGUGAACACCGGCCACACUCCGUUGUCCAAAAUACCAGUUGUCACAUUCAGGAGGACCCUGGUACCUUACCCAUUGCAAAUAAUGAGUCAGAAUUGGAUAUGGCACACAUUGAGAAAGGAAAUGGACAAGUCCUGGAAACGGUCAUCUUGUCUUGAUAACGCUGCAGUUGAAAAUGUUGGGACUUUGUAAAUAGACAACAUGUCCACGUUAUAGUUCAGGUGUAACUGACUGAAAGAAACUCUUAACAUCAAUUUGGGAUUAACUGGGAUAAGCAAUAUGGCACAAAAACAAACACUCUGACCUCAAGGAACUAUGGUUGCCAUUUCAUCAUAAAUCACACUGAGUGGAUUAAUAUCUGUGCCACGUGUAUAAAAGUAGAAUAAUUCAGUAUAUUAUAAUACAUUUGUGGGAUAAUUUCAGCAAAGGACCAUUUGGUAAAGUAUUCUACAUUGAAGACAGGCUAUGCGUGAAGGAUAAUGAUGCCCACUAGAAAGAGCGCUGUCCAUGGUGCUGAAAUGUAUAUUCAUGUGCCGCUAGCACAUUUCCUUGUGUAGAUGUAAAUUGCUAGUCGUCCUUAAAGUAUUCUAAAGUAUUUAUUUCUACAACUACUAUUCUACUCCUGGACUUGCAAAUUUUAGAAUUAGAUUUCUAACUAAAGGCAUUUUCCCUAAAAGUUCAUUCAACCUUUUUAAAAGUAACUGUCCAGUGAAAAUCUCACUUUUAAAAGUUCAUAUUCUGUUAUCUCAUACCCAAAUAAUGUUGUUGACUCAUCCUAUACACGUAUGCGACCAAAGCAUAAAAAUACACCUCAAACUUGUUUCUCAAACAGACCAUUUCGAAAAUGCUUGCUAUUUCCUCACAGAGGAUUAUGUCAUCCUCCUGAGGAGAACGAGCUGGCCAAUCAACAGUCUACCCGCAUUCAUAUUUUUCAGUGAUAUGCGCACAAUUCUGUUGUUGGGAUACACCCACAUCAUUCCAACAUAUAAAAACAUAGUAUUCCUUCCAAAAAAAGGUUAAUUAACUAGUUCAAUCAUAUAAAAUAGAAAUCUGGAAACACUGGACAGUUACUUUUAAACCAGUACCACAUAACACGAUUGACUUUAUACAUCAUUCAGUAGCUACUGUCAGGCUUGAAAUGGGUGACAUAGCACAUUUUCUGGUGACCAUGCAUUCCUCUUAGUGUUAAUCCAUUUUAUUUUAUUUCGACAAUGCUUUCAAAAGAAGAGCAAGUAGAUGUCGGAAGAUGCCUUGAGAGGAACUAGACUCCGAUUGGCAUGUGCUAUGUAUGGCACCGUUUCCCAAAGUUUUACAGGAGCUAUCAAAUAAAGCUUUUAAGUCAUGUUUGAAAAGGUUUCACAAUCCUACUUCAGGCUUUUGGCUUUGUUAAAAGUGUGGCAAGAGGCUUAAGUUGUAAUUUGUUGCAAUUAGUUAGUGCAGACUGCAUUUAAAAAAUAGACUCAAAUCAUUAUUUUCAGAGUUACAUAGUUUCAUUUAAAUGACGUAUUUUUAUUGGUAGUUGAUCAUCUGCGUUUAGUUUGUAAUAAUGCACUCUUACAGAUGUCAUGAACUUUCAUGUGCCAGGUGGUAGCUGUGGGUCUUAAUAUAGCACUUUCACUAUUUAUAAUGUAUCCUCUGAAAUGUAAUAAAUCGGGAAUCAUAAACAAAUAUUUCUUAUCGCUUUUUGUCUUUGUAAUGCAAGUGACAUUUAGUCUAUUUUUCUACCUCAAAACAAACCGAAUAUUUUUUAAAUAUGUAGCCUGUAACAUAAUUUAACAUUGUGACGCUGGAAAACCCCUAUGUGUUCUGAGCUUCACUUUUGAGUGAAUCCUCUCAAAAAACCUUGGCUCUACCCAUAACGACAGACCUACCCUUGACUUAAAGCCACGUCCACCUCUCUUCUGAUUGGCUGGCUCAUUGGGGAGUUGAGUGAGUUGAGUGCUUUGACAGGUUCUCCUCUAAGAGGGGUCUAUGGCGGCGGGCCAGGAGCAGUCACUCCCAGUGAGACUUGGGCCCAUGGCCAGGUGCCAGGAGGGCAUGUUCCUAAUUGUCUCCUCAAAGACAAGCCCUAGGUCUCUCAUCCCUGGCUGGGCUCCAGCUCCUAUUGGACAUACUGCUGCUGGGAGUCUCUCAGCGGAGCUGUCCCCAGACUAAUCUCCUUGGGGAGUGUGGGGACAAAUAGAUCCCUGCUAUUUACUCUUUGUGAUUGAAUUUGCAUUACAAGGUUAUAAGGAAAGCGAAAACUCAAAACGAGCUGCAUAUUUAGUUGAUGACUUUUUAGUGCUGAUAUGUGUAUGGACAAGUUUGAGCUCAAUGGAUUGGACAAAGGAGAUGACCUCAAACGGAAGUCUGUCCAAUUUUAUCGGUUUAAAAAUGCACUUUUCUAGGUGUUUAAAGCAUACUGUACAUUGUCUGGAGUGGAUACCCACCCUGUCCAUUACCACCUACCUGGUGGGUUGAAUGCUAAAGCUUCUAUAUAGUCUGUUCCAGCAUGUUGCAUACCAUAUUCCUCUGUCAAAAGCCCUGCUGCUCAUCCUUAGGGGAUGCUCAUUCAAGAAUGUUCAGUGAUAUACUAUUCACCUGCCCUUCACAGGCAAAGCCCAGGGAAUGAUUUAUGAGCGAAGCCCUCAGUGAAGCGGUAAAAUAAAAAAAAAUAAAAAAAGAGGGCUCGAUAGCACGACACUCAAAGAUAAAACUGAGAUCAGUCCUUGCCAGGCAAUUUAACAGCCGUGCUAAGUGAAGCCUUGGUGUGGAGAAAAACAUCCAUCCAGUGUGAAGGCAACAUGAGUCAGGUAGGCUGAGAUUCUGGAAAGACAUUGCCUGGGGGACAGAGGUAUCACUCCUGACACUUGUGGGAGUAGAGUGCCUGUCGGGCAGACGCUGUCCUGCCUGUGAGCCCAGCUACCUGCAGUGACGUGAGCCGCCUCCCCAGCGAAUGGGUAGCCAGGGAGGGCAACUGCCCCCUUACAGGGCCCAAUGUAUAUAAAACCCUGGGAGUCUGUAUGCCUGUGACUAUAGCACUCUGAGCUUGGACACCCCAGCUUUGAGGCUGCUGCUGCUGCUAAAAUGUCUGAGACUAACCUGAGAAUCAGUGGGGGGGCGGUGAGGUUUGGGGCGACCUAUGGGGGCAACAGGCUCUUCUCUGGGGGCAGGAGCGGUGGAGGUGGCGGCGGAGGGGCUGGAAUGGCCCUCUCCAGGUCUUUUGGAAUGGGCGGGGGUGGAAGAGCGGGACUCGGUAUGAGAGGAGGGAUGGGGCUAGGCAUGGGGAUGGGAAUGGGCGGAGGCCUUGGGAUGGGAGGAGGCCUGGGGAUGGGAAUGGGGGGAGGCCUGGGGAUGGGGCUAGGAAUGGGGGGCGGAGGAGGUGGAGGCGGUUUUGGGAUGGGAAUGGGUGGACGUGCCCUGGCUCUAGGAGCCGGCGGUGGAGGGGUCAGUGCAGCAGGGUUCAGGGCUGGCGUGGCCCCACUCAGGGCUCGCUUGGGCGGCCGGGUCUUCAAGAUCGGAGGCUAUGGCUUCAACCCGUCUUUCCUGAGCUCCACCACUGCAGUGGGUGGUGACGUGGGUGUCAGCCCUGUGCCAAGCAUCGACCCCUCGCUACCCUCGCUCGACACAGUCCAGGUGACCCGCCUAAAGGAGAAGGAGGAGCUGCAGGUCCUCAAUGACAAGUUUGCCACCUUCAUUGACAAGGCUCGCUCUCUGGAGCAGACCAACGCUGUGUUGAGGGCCAAGAUCGCCAUGUUCACCAACCCGGACCAGAGCGGCCCUGCCAACACCUCCAUCCUGCUCACCUCUGCCAUCGGUACCUACAAGAUCCAGAUUGAUGGCCUGUCUGCCACCAAAGAGGCCAUUGUUGCUGAGAUUGAGCACUACAAGAGCACCAUCGAAGAUGUCCAGAGCAGGUUUGAGGAGGAGACCGUCCAAACCAAGUCAUUAGAGAUGGACUGGACCACAUUAAAAGAGGAGGUAGACAAUCUCUACAUGAGCAUUUUUGAGCUUCAAACCAACAUUGGCGGACUGGAAGAUCAGAUUGGUCUCUCAAAGCAGGUGUAUGAUGCUAAAGUGAAGGAGGUGAGGAACAUCAUGACGGGUAGUGUGAGGUCAGCCUUCUCCAUCUCGGUGGACAACGCGGCCCAAGCCCAGGACCUGACCUCUGCCCUGUCGGACGUCAAGUCCCACUAUGAAGCCCUGGCCCAGCGCAGCAAGCAGGACGCCCUUGUUUCUGUGCAGGACAGUCUCUCCAUGAUGUCCAUGACGUCCCAGCCCAGUACCCAGACUCUGACCCAAACCAAAGAGGAGCUGCGCAUGUACAAACUGCAGAUCGACUCAGUACAGAGGGAGAUCGACAGACUCAAGACCCUGAACAUCCAGAUGGAAUCUCAGGUGGAUGAGGCAGAGUCCCACUCCAGCUCCCACACAGAGACCUAUCAGGAGCAGGUGCUGACCCUCAAGUUGCAGCUGGAUGACAUCAGAAAGCAAAUAACACACUAUGGUCAAGAGUACCAGGAACUCCUAGCCAGUAAAAUGUCUCUAGAUGUUGAGAUCACUGCAUACAAGAAGCUUCUGGACAGCGAGGAGAGCAGACUGAGGUCAGGAGGCGGCGUGACCGUGCACAUGUCGAAGACUGCCAUUGGAGGAGGGGGAGGUGGGGCUGGCCUGGCCCUGGCCCUGGGAGGAGGCGGCGGCGGCAUGGGUCUGGGAGGAGGAGGAGGCGGCGGCGGCAUGGGUCUGGGAGGAGGAGGAGGCGGCGGCGGCAUGGGUCUGGGAGGAGGAGGAGGCGGCGGCGGCGGCAUGGGUCUGGGCGGUGGCUACAGAAUGGGCGGAGGCCUAGGAGGUGGCUUUGGAGGGGGUCUGGGCAGUGGCUUUGGAGGUUUUGGAGGAGGUCUGGGGUUAGGAGGAGGUGGAGGGUCUUUCGGAGGCGGGGGAUCCUUCGGAGGCGGGAGCAGCUACAUGUCCUCCAGCCUGAGCAGCAGUGGACGUGAGUACAGCUCCCAUCUCUAUGAACUAGUUUUACUUUAAUCUGUAAUGCCUCCUUUAAAACAAUACUAUUACUGGCGCCAUCUUAAAGGAAUAUCACACUCCAAAAUAUCACAAUGUCAAGAUAAGUCCAUGUCACAGGCCAUCCACAAGCUAAAAUGAAUGGAAAAGCACCAUGGUAUUUCCAGAUUUGUUGUACGUGUCUUUCAAUUUAUUUGGGUUGGGGCGGCAGGUAGCCUAGUGGUUUGAGCGUUGGAUGAGUAACCGAAAGGUGGCAAGAUAAAACUGUCGUUCUGCCCCUGAACAAGGCAGUUAACCCAUCAUUGAAAAUAAGAAUUUAUUCUUAACUGACUUGCCUAGUUAAAUAAAGGUUAAAAUAAUAAAUUAAAUAGCAGGGUCUACACAACUUAUUGCUUGGGACAUGGACUCAUCAUAGAGGUCUAAAAAUAAGUUACAUUUGGGAGUGUAUUGUCCCUUUACCUUCUGAGAUUCAACCAUAGAUAAUGAGACUUCCAACUUCAUUGGCGGAGGGCUCAGCCAAUCGUGCUAUUUUAAAAUGGAUUGCCUCAAUGGUGUUGGCAGUUGCCUUAGGUCAUGUAUUUUUAAUCCCGUGGCCUUUUGGUAGGCUGUCAUUGUAAAUAAGAAUUUGUUCUUAACCAGCUUGCCAUGGUAAAGGUUACAUUUAAAAAAGACUAAUGGGACAGAUGAGUUUCUCUAUGGGUGCAACGCAGACAAUUCCUCAUUGGACCACUCUUUCCCUUCCAGUCUCUUCAACAGUGUACUGAGGACAAACCGGACCGACCAGAGAAUCUCCAUCUACCUACAUUGAGAUGGAACCCUGUUUUGGCAGAAUUACUAAGAAAGAUCAACAGUCUCAGAUUCUGUUGUGUGACUUGCCAUAAUGUAACAUGUUUAAUAUCAAUAAAAGCAGUGUUAUUUCACCA